GUACAGAAAAGCAAACAGCUAGUAAUCAAGAUAGAAAAAAGAAAUUACCGGUUUCUCAAUAUAAUGAUAUUGAAGAAAAUUUUAACGAAAUCACAAGUAAAAAGCAAUUAGCUAAUAAGUAUAGCAGAAAAAAAAAAAUACCAACUUCUCAAUAUAAUAACGUUGACGAAAUUGAAGAAAAUUCUAGUGAAAUCACAAGAACUGACAAUGAUGACAUAAUAGAAUCAAGGUUAACACCACUUUUACCUCUAAACGAAGAGGAAUUAUCCAAUGAAGGAUUAUUAGCUAAUAAUAAAGGAUUUGAAAAACUUAAUUACAAUCAGCAAAUUUCACAAAAACCAGAUGAACUUCAAGAAAUUUCAAGUGAAUUUGAAGCUGCUGCUUGGUUAGCUAAACACCUAUGUGUACUUGAUUUAGCAUUUGAGAUAUACAAUGCAAUGUUACAAACUUUGGAAAAUUCUCAAGAAUCUUCAUCAAAAUUAAAGUUUUCGUUGACAAAUUUAGAACUUGAAGCAAAAGCAUUAUUUUUAAGAACAAGGAAUAAUACUCCUGCAUUGUAUACUGAAUUAGUAUCUGCUGUAUGUGGUAUCUCCAAAGUUGACAAGCAGAUGCUAGCAUUAAUUAAAAAGAAUGCCUUGGGUGAUUUUGUUCAAGAAGCUAUUAAGAAAAUUAUUAUUUCAAAAUUAGAAAAAACUGAUAUGAAAGUAGCACUUCGUAGUUGUGAUGCAAUUACUGUCAACUUGCCAAUUCCAACUAUACUUGGUGUUGUCACUUGUUUGUUAGUUCAAAAUUUAUUAAAAUGUAAAACCGGUCGGCAAAGAAGUAAAUAG